AUGGCUGGAAUCCGUUUAUUACAUUGUGUACUGUUAGUCACAUUUUCAUUCAUUCAAGUUGGGUCAAUGAACGGUUACACAUCAAAUAUUGGCAUGAAACAGGAUCAAGUUAAUCCAAAUUAUGGUCAAGGUGGUUUUGGACAACAGCAAGAGCAACAGCGUCCAAUGUUUCGUCCUCAAUUACAAUCACAAACUAGUCAAGGUUCAAACUAUGGCGGUAGCAGGUUUCUUGAUCAAUCACGAUCACAAAUUGGCAGCACAUUUCAACGUAAAAUGAUGUUUGAUCAACAACAACGUAAGCAUUCGUCGAAAUUAGCCACUAUAUGUAUAUUUCAUGUUAAAAUUGUUUUAGUUGUUGCUGGUAUGGUUGAACCCAAUAUCAAAUUUUUAGAAGAUAUAAAGGGUUCCGUUAAUGAAAUAUCACUUGAAGAAAAAUUAGCCAACAUGUCGUCGAAUUAUGUAUUCGAUUUUAAAAACGCACAAGUUGGAGUUUCAACUGGAAAUGGUGGAAGAGUCGUCUCAGCAAAUGCUCGUAAUUUUCCGAUUUUGAUUAAUCACAAAAUAGCCAUGACUGUCGGAUUUCUUGAACCAUGUGGAAUGAAUUUGCCUCAUGUUCAUCCACGUGCAACGGAAAUUAAUUAUGCUGCAAAAGGCGAUUUCCAAACGGGAUUCUUUCAAGAGAAUGGUGGAAAAUUUGUUGGUCAUAUCGUGAGAGAAGGACAAGUGUCAGUCUUUCCACAAGGUGCAAUUCAUUUUGAACAAAACAUGGGAUGUGAGACGGCAAUGUUUGUAGCCGCAUUCGAUCAUGAAGAUCCCGGUACAUUAACAAUUGCGGACGGUUUCUUUUCAUUACCAACCGAUAUUCUUGCUGCAUCGUUGGGUGGAAUAUCCGAAGAUGAUGUCAUGCGAUUGGGAAGUAAUUUGCCGAAGAAUGCUGGGUUUGGCACGGAGGAAUGUUUGAUUCGAUGUGGAUUAAAACCACAACAAGAUCGAAACAUUGAUGUUCGACAACCAGUGAACAAUUACGAACAAUAUUAA